AUGGCCACCCCACCGAAGCCGAGCCUCGCGCAUUUUAUCAGACGCUGUAGGCCGAAUCCUGCACGUCAGCAGUCCCCCGGAUCAGUGAACGAUGCCGCUGCUUGGCGUGACUCCGCACCUGCUGCGGCCUUCAAUCGUGGAGCAACCGUAGCAGGUUAUCGCCUUCUUGGCGAUAUGGGGUACGGCAACGGCGGCGGAAUAAUGACGCCAUUCCGGCCCACUGCCGUCCAAGGAGACGCGAGGAAAAUGCGAUAUAACCGCGAUCAUUGCCGUAUGCGAUCGAUCGUGGAGAUGACCAUCGGUCGUCUGAAAUCGCGUUUCCCCAUUCUCUCGUCAGAACUGAGAGUGGGGCCUCAACGCGCGUCGAAAAUAGUCAUUGCAUGUGCAGUGUUGCACAACUCAGUCCUUUACAAGGCAGAGCAAGCUCGCAGAGAUAUACGUCCAUACAGUGGGAAGUUGUUGGCGGUCUUCAACCCACACCUCAAAAUUGAUUUCGUUCUAAACAAUACUAAAGUUGCAAAUGUUGAACCGAAUGCGCUGAUCACGUCGAACAACCUCGGCUAUACAUCUAUCACCGGCACAAGCACCGUCGUGCUACACGCGGUCUCGUUACCUGCAGUGUGCGCUUCCAGCACACAAAUCACCGAAACAGGAGGGCGAAAUAGGAUCCGUAUUAAUGGACUCGAUGAAGCUGAGACUCCAUUCGCAUUCGGUGGUGCUCUCUAUCCAUUUAGGCUAAACUUGUCAGAGCUCAAGUUCCCUAAAAGUGCGCUCUGCAAGGUGACAUGGAGUGUGAGUCAUCCCGGCGUGCUGAAAGUGGUGAGUUGCACGAUUGGAGCAGGAAGCAGCUUAGUGAAGGAUUCUUUGCAGGCUUUCCACUGUCGCAUGGAGCUGCUCACAAAGCGUCGAAGGAAGGAAAAGACGUAG